AUUACUGUGGGGCAAAGCACAACCAUUGUGGCUGGUAGAUACUGAUAGGCCCCUCUUCUCAAUGAUAUUGGUGUCCAUCAGGAAUGAGUCACACAGUUUGACUCUGCGCUGCAGGCAGACGCCUCUGCCUUCUUGCAUGCAAGGUCGAUUCUUUAUCAUCGUGUCUGGCUCCUCAAGGCCUUCAUCAAGAAACAUGCCUCCUGAGUUGUUGUUCUGGGCACCGUCCCAGAGAUCAGCAGGGCAAAGGAAGCCGCUCAGGCUUCGGCGGCAAAUCCAGACCUCGCCCCGGCCUCUGGCAUUCCAAGGCCUCUUCUAAAAGCGUCCCUUGGCAGUUGUUAUUCUGGGCACCCACCCAGCAGCUUCGCAGGGGCGAAGGAAUCCACACAGCCUUCGGCAGCAAGUCCAGGCAUGCCGCCGGAUCCAGCCCCUCGUUAGCCUGCCCCCUUCUUCUCUGUCUCUCGGCAGCGGGAACCUUGGUCCUGGCACCGCCCCACAGCAGGCCUCGGCCCCCCUGAAGCGUGCGAUGGGUCAUCAAUGGCUGGCUUUGGCUCUGAUACUGGCUGCCGCAACUGCUCCCAACCGCACGGCAGGCAACGUGCCUGAGUCAGAGGUCCCGGACGCACCCUGCCCUCAGGAAGAGAACCCGGAAGCACCGUCGGAAGAGCCGCACGUGGCGCCCAGGUUCAGCACAUGCAUGCUGCAGUGCGCUGCGCAAGCGAUGCUCGGGAUGGUUGGCGCCAAGAGCUCCGUCUCCUUGAAGCUCAACGAAGGCAGGGAAGGUGAAGACUACGAAUUUUGCUGGAUGCUGCAUCUUCGCUGCCAGAAGGGAGAGAGACUCACCAAAGCCUUUGUUCUCCUGAACCUGGAGCAGCCCCCAGGGGGAGGCCAGCCGCCUCCCUACAGGCUCCUCCUCACCACCCCUCCCUCCCUACGCCAGUACCUGCGAGCCCGCCAAGGGAACCGACGUGCAAUGUUGAGCAGGGAAGCCUGCGGUGUCCGCUUCGACGUGACGGAGCCCUUCCUCAGCGCCGAGGGAGGCCAGGAGGCCAAGAUGUGCGUCAAGGCUGUCUGUCCGGAGGACGAUGCCUGUGGGGCCUUGCGUUGCCCGCCUUUCUUGGCCACUUUGUGGCGCAGCGUGCCCAGGCCGGAUGGCUAGGCAACAGGAAGGUGGAUGGGCUCACUCCACGGCGGAGUACGAUGCCUAGCAACUGUUGGGACUUGAGGGUGUGAGGGAAAGGGCACACAGACUGAUAUACGCACAAACACACACUCCAGUUCUGCCAUUAGCACGUCGGAGGUAGUUUCCUGACAAACUUUACUUCAGUGUUCAUUUCUGCUUGGCAGUGUCAAAGUUACGUCAAACAACGGAAGUAGAUCUUAAUAUAUAUCUAUAUUCGUAUAUGCUAAAGGGAACGUCGAAGGAACCAAAGUAUCAACCAAGAGUCUCCAGCAUGGUACACAUGGGUGCAAUGAUGCAUUUUCAUAUCUUCCUCCGAGGCUCACAAAGCCUCUGAGCCCACGCUCAGUCUCUUUGCCCCCCUUGUCAAGAGGGUGGUUAUCUUUUUCUCCUUUGAGAUGUACAAAGAGCUGAAGGAGGAAGUUGGAAGAAUGAUGCUCUUUCCUGCUUCCUCUUUCAGCUCUACGUGCUUUCCUAAACUCAGAUGAAUACUACUGGUUCCAGCUUUCCUCCAGAUCCCUCAGCAAAUCAAAGACUGUCUCUGUGCACGAUCUGUCUUGGGUGGGAUAUAGAGAAGUGACCAGAGUGGGUGGUGUCCACAUGAGUCUAAAACGACUGGUGACCAUUGGUAUAAGCUAACAAGUAGGGAUAUACAUCUAUAGUAUGCAAAGUGUCACUACUCC